AUGCUCGGAGGAAGCGCCGAGCAGCCGAUUAUAGUCGAUAGGGUCUAUGACAAGCAGGUCCUGGACAUAGAAUCGUCGGAAUUGUUGGAAGAAGUUGGAGAAUACGACGAGUCCAUUGAUCAAUCGCUUCAUGACACUUACGGUGAGGACGGUGAGCACGACAACACUAUCGAUGGUUCGUACGGUGGCAUGCCACUCGAGCUCUACGAUAACAUCGUAGAAUUCAAAAGUGCGAGAUGUAUGCGGUUUGUGCUAGCGGACGAUAAUGAAACGUUACUUUACUAUAAUCCAUCCAGUAGUGUGAAUGACCAACCAAAAGUGGUCGUGAAAAGAGGAGAAGUGCGUCGUGUUAUAGAGCGAAUACACGAUCUGAUUGGUCAUCUAGGACAGAAACGCACACAGAUCGUGGUAUUGAAAAAGCUUCAUUGGCGCUCCGUUCGACAGGACGUGCGGACGUUCAUUAACAAUUGUGCUUUCUGCAAUCAGAAGAAACUUGAAGGAAAGAAAAUCUUGAAAGCACCGGUUGAUGUUACAAGUGACAAUUUUGAUUUGAAUAUUGAGGUUCGGAGUAAAUCUGGUGGAAGCAACGAAACAUUCGAUCGCUUGUCGUUCAGUCUCAUCGGAUACAAUGAGCAAGAAGUACGUGCAGCUGCUGUGACAAGAAUGACCGCAUACACAUUUAAAGAGACUGCGAGUGAACUUCGAGGUCGAUUCGCUCGUUCAAAUCCUGGAACUGCUCCAACAAACUUUCGUCGACAGCCCUACAUUAAACGAACCCGAUAUUCUCCGUACGCGUCCGGAUUUAUUCUUCCGUAUGCAGCAAGACAUAAAAAUGAGGAACCCAGCUUUAUAGAGAUUUUUAAUGACGAUCGGGGGGAACCUAUGACCUCAGCCUAUAAUGGACAAACGUAUCCUGUUGAAGAGUUAGUCGAGAGUCAACAAAUCGAUGAACGCUCUGUGGAAUCAAAUAAUAUGAUUACAAAUGUGGAACGGAUAGCCUCCGCAUAUCUAAAAGGAGACGGAAGAGGUCUAACUACACAGCCGCAAUCUGCAACAAAACGUGAUAUACCAAGCAAGCCUCAAUCACUAGAAUCCGGUAGAGGCCGACAGAAAAAGGUGGCAAAUUCAGCAAAUAUUGGCUUAGUAUCUCGUUUUAAUCUGGCCUUAGGAGACGCGAUGGAUUGCACAGAGCUGUGUGAUAAUUCUGAGCUGUUGUCGUCAUAUGAGUCAAUAAACACACGCCCAGAAAUGACGGUGCUACCUCCCAUCAUGUUAAUGCCUUCAGUUGAUCCUGAGGUGCUACAAAUGCAGAAGGAGCUGUUGAUGCGGCAACUAAGACUGCAAAGAAUGCAAGAAAAAGUACUGCAAGCUCAGUUAAAUUCACUUCGGAUUCCAAUAGCAAGGUACGAAGAGCUUGAUCCGAAUGGAGAGAGGGUUCAAAUACUAGCUGACGGAGGUGAAGACUUUAUGGGUGAGCCGGUAGAUGAGGAGCACGAGCUGAAUGUAAUGAACAGUGGAGACGAGAGCGGAGAUGAAAUACUUCAUGUGGAAUCACGAUAG